CUGCUCCUCCAGAGAGCUCUCCUGCCCCAGCAUGUUUCCCCCGCUGAUGCUCAGCCUGCCCCGCAGCCCGGAGGCCAACACCACGGCGGCCUUGGACUGGACCCAGGUGUACGAAGCGGUCCGGUGGAUCCAGCUCAUCAUGGCGUCGUUCAGCAUUGUUGGCUCUGGCUCCAUCAUCUCCCUGAUUAUUCCCAGACUCAGCCAGACGCCCGAGCUGCAGCCUCUGUUCCAGCUGAGCGUGGCCGACCUGCUGCUCGCCGCCUGCUGGCUGGUUGGCGCCGUCCUCUACUCUCAGCGCUGCGACCGCCUGAGCCUGCUCUGCUACAACCUGCACACCGUGGAGCAGAUUCUGUACAUGGCCUCCUUCUUCUUCACGCUGAACUACGUGUGGAACCUUUACACGCUGACCAGAGAGAAGUUCAACAGCUGCUUCAGCGGCUACUCCAUACAGUUUUCCAACACCAUGUCGCUGAAAGCGAAAAUGAUUGCCGUGUUGUCAAGUCUGGUUCCGACGCUGCUCAUGGUCCCGGUCUUCGUACAAGGGAACGUCAGCCACUGCCAGGUCAACUUUAGUGAGCCGUACAGGUGUCUGCUGAUGCACACCGGAGCGCUGUUCCUGCAGCCGGGGCGGCAGCAGCUCAGCCGCAGCUGCAGCUUCCUGCACACCUACCAGAUCGGAGUCUUCCUCAGCAGCUUCCUCCUCACCCUGCUGGGCAUCACGGUUCUGGUGGUCAAGGCGCGGUGCGUUUACCGGCGGGCGGUGACGUCCAGCGGUUACCUCGGCAAUGAGCAGCGAGCCUUGUUCCGGGUGAUGGACGUGCGGAUGCUGCUGUACCCACUAGUGUUCGUGUUCUGCUGGGGUCCAGCCGUGGCGUUGGCGUUCCUGCGGGUGGCGAAGCCGUCGACGGGUCACGGUGUGGCGGGCGUCUGCCUCUACAUAUCUGAGGCCUUCACUUCGGCCUCUCAGGGUUUCCUCAACUGCCUGGUGUACGGCUGGACGCGCCUACACCUCCGCCGCGCUGGCCUGUCCUUCUUCUCCAGAGACCUGGACACGCAGACGCCGCUGCUGCGCUCCCAGCAGACCAGGAACUAUCUCACCUGAGGGGGUCAGGGGGUGAGCGGCUCAGCAGCGGGUGGGGGUGGGGGCUUUUCUGCUGCUUUCUGCCACAAAGACUCGAGGCGUUAACUUUCGCUUUCCACCGGAGGAAAAACUCCGCGGCUGCAUCUUCCACCUCUGGUCCUGAACCACCGAGGCGAGAAAAGAGGAAGAGAGAAGGGGGUUGAGAAAGGUCGCUCAGUCGGAGCGCUGUCAGCGACCUCUGACCUCAGGAAGUGAAAUCAUCAGUUUGGACUGACAUGCUUUUAUUUUGAAGUUUUUCAGCUUAUAAAAUUGCUUCAGUGACCAGAAAUUACCUGAAAGGUUUUUACAAACUGGUUUAAUUUAGAUUUUUAGUUGUUUCAUUUAUUUUGUGGAUUUUCUUUCUGAAAGUUGGCAGAAUAAAUAAAACUGACUAUUAAGUUUUUAAAAAAUUAACACGAGAAAAGAAAUGUGAACUGGAAAACAUUGAAUUAUUCGAAAAUUUUAAAAUCCCAACAAUCAACUGAAUGUAAAAUUUAUUCACAUUUUUAUUUUUCAACUCUUUCAACUUGUUACAAUUUUAUUCUUGUUUUUACAACUUAUUUUAUUUUACUGUUCCGACUUUCUCGUGUUAUUUUUUUUAACUUUAUUUUCUCAUUCUGACUGUUUAUAAUAAUAUUACUUUAUUUUUGUAAUUUGAAGAAAAGUUUGAACUUAAUUGUUGCAUUUAUUUUUCACCUUUUCUUUGCAUCUCAGCAUUUUUAUG